UUGCUCGCCGGGCGGAGGCCGACGCCGCUGGCCAUAGAGAUAGGAAAAGGAAAGAGGCGCAUAUAUAUCUAUCUCUCAGAUUAGAUAGAUAGAUGGAACAAGUGGGAUUUAAUGGAGUUGGCUGGCAUGUGAAAACCUUGAAAAAAGACAAAGGAACGAAAUAUUCGAGAUUUGGGCCGGUCCGACCAGAUUCGAACCCGCGAAAUUACGCUAGAAGGGCGGCGGCUGCGACGGCGCCAUCUGAUUGGUCCAAAGUAAAGCGGUGGCGCGCGCCCGGCUUCUGAUUUGGAGGCAGGUCGUUGGUCGCAAAGCCUGCCUCCCAUUGGCCGCGUCCGGGAUUGAUUGACGCGGCCCCGGCCAACCACGGAGCAGCAUCGUUUCCGCGCGCUGUUUGGGACGGUUACGGGGCGCCGAGCCGCGGUGUGGGGGGGGGUGGGUGAAAACCGCCGGUUGGCAAGCAAUCGGGCUCGGUAAGGAUGAUGGCCGGCGGAGGAGGAGCGGGAGCAGGAGGCGGCUGCUUCUACCCGCGAACAACGAACCCGAACCUCGAGUCGCCGCCUCUCCUCAGCCUGAGGCGAAGGUCGAAACAGCAAGGGCCGGAGGAGGCGGUGACCCUCGAGCGCGUGUUGGGAAUAACUGCUCAGACCAGCAAUGGCUUAAGUUGUGACCCAAACUCGGGACACAUCGCCUAUCCAACAGGAUGUGUGGUUGUGAUUUUCAAUCCUCAGAAGAACAAGCAAAGGCACAUCGUUAAUACAGCCAGGAAAACUGUGAGUGCUUUGUGUUUCUCUCCUGAUGGGAAAUACGUUGCCACUGGAGAGAACGGGCAUCAGCCAGCCGUCCGAGUCUGGGACGUAGAGGAGAAGUCCCAAGUGUCUGAACUUCAUGGCCACAAGCACGGCGUGGCCUGCGUGGCCUUCUCUCCCAAUAUGAAAUACCUCGUGUCAGUCGGGUAUCCUCAUGACAUGAAAGUGAAUGUGUGGGAUUGGAAGAGCGAUACCCUCAUCGCCUCCAACAAAGUCUCUUCCAAAGUUAUGGCCAUCUCCUUCUCAGAGGACAGCUAUUUUGUGACAGUUGGGCAUCGCCACGUCAAGUUCUGGUUUUGGGAUGGCUCCAGAGAAAUUAAGAUUAAGGAGACGGUUCCCCUGGUGGGUCGCUCUGGACUCCUCGGAGAGCUUCACAACAACACCUUCUGCGAUGUGGCCUGUGGCCAGGGCAAAAUGGCCGGCAGCACCUUCUGCAUUUCCCACUCCGGGCUGCUUUGCCUCUUUAACGAGAAGCGCAUCCUGGAAAAAUGGAUCGAUUUGAAAGUGACGCUGGCCAACUGCAUUUGUGUCAGCGAAGAAUUUAUUUUCUGCGGCUGUGCUAACGGGACCGUGCGCCUCUUCCAAGCACACAACUUGCACUACCUCUCCGAUUUGCCCAAGCCGCACUACCUGGGCACCGAUGUGGCUGCAGAGCCGAUCCUGAGAAGGCCAGAUGCCCCCUAUCCAGAUGCUAUUGCUGUUGUCUUCGACCCUCGCCAUCACUGGCUCUCCUGUGUGUACAAGGAUCAUAGCGUGUACAUUUGGGAUGUGAAGGACAUCGGCCACGUUGGGAAAGUGUGGUCUGAUCUUUUCCACAGCUCCUUUGUCUGGAACAUUGAGGUUUAUCCUGAGUUUGAAGAGCACCAAGGCUGUUUGCCCCCAGGAUCCUUUCUAACGUGUUCCUCAGACAGCACUAUACGGUUUUGGAACUUGGAAAACAACACGCGUGGACCUUUCAAGAAGAACGUCUACAGCGACAACUUGCUGAAGGUUGUGUAUGUAGAGAAGAGCACUCAGUAUUUGCAAGAUUCGACGAAUUUGCUGGAGCGAAAUGACAACGUCGGCUACCUUGAUGUCAAAUCCGGUGUCCGAGUGAUGCAGAUCAGCCCUGAUGGUCAACACUUGGCCUCUGGAGACAGAGCCGGCAAUCUGAGGAUACACGAGCUAAAAUUCAUGGCGGAAGUGAUGAAAUUUGAGGCCCACGAUUUGGAAGUCCUCUGCUUGGAGUAUUCCAAGCCGGAAACAGGCCUGGCGCUCUUGGCCUCCGCAAGUCGAGAUCGGCUGAUUCACGUCCUGAACGUGGGAAGCAAUUACAAAUUGGAGCAGACCUUGGACGACCAUUCCUCGGCUAUAACGGCAGUCAAGUUCACUGGAAAUAACCGUAUUCAGAUGAUUAGCUGUGGAGCUGACAAAAGCAUUUAUUUUCGCAGCGCGCAAAAGGUCGGAGGUGGAAUUAAUUUCACCCGGUCUCACCACGUUGCAGAAAAGACCACUUUGUAUGACAUGGACGUGGAUAUAACUCAGAAGUACGUCGCUGUGGCGUGCCAGGACAGAAAUGUCAGGAUAUACAACACGGUCAGCGGGAAGCAGAAGGGCUGCUAUAAAGGAGCCCACAGCGACGAUGGAUCCCUGCUCAAGGUCCAGUUUGAUCCUUCUGGAACAUUCUUGGCCACUAGUUGCUCGGAUAAAAGCAUUUCCAUUAUCGACUUCCGCUCUGGAGAAUGUGUGGCCAAAAUGUUUGGGCACUCAGAAGUCAUCACGGGGAUGAAAUUUACCUUCGACUGCAAACAUCUGAUCACCGUCUCGGGAGACAGUUGCAUCUUUGUGUGGCGCCUGAGCCCUGAAAUUACCGCUUGCACGAAGCAGCACUUGAGGGACCUGGAACAGAUCCAGGUGCAGCAGGAGGUCGGAGACUCUGCAUGGCCUCCCUUGGUCAGGGUGGAAAUGUUUGAAAGAGUCCCCCGCCGGGAUGCGGUUGAUUCUGACCUGGAGGAGGAGGAGGAGGAGGAAGAGGAAGACGAAGAGGAGGGGGAAGAGGAAGAAUUAGCUCUGCAGACCCCGGUUAAAGAUGACCUUGACUCAGCUCCUGUCUGUGUCCUCUCUAAUGGCAGACUGCCCAUGUGGGCAAAGAGACUGCUCGGAGAAGCAGACCAUUCAGACAGCAACGCCUUUCACGCCAGAGUCAGCUACCAGCCCCAGGGCCGUUGGGCUGAGCGGGCCGAGAAAGAACCCCUUAAAACCAUCCUGGACGCCGACUUGAGUUUCUUCACCCCGAUUCAGAACCGUAGCCUGGCUGAGGCGGACCUGGAGCAGCGGAGUCUGGACGGGCUGAUUUUAGAGCAGACGGAGGAUUCUCCCAGCAACAUAACGGAAGGCUUCAAACAACUGAAUCUGUCUUCCGAUGAGGACACGGCCCAGGGGCUGGAGGGCAGCGGGACCACACUCUACGUCUCCCAGGCAGAGAGCAGCCCUUCCUUCGGGGAGAGGUCAGUCCCUCAGCCUGUGUUCGAGGAGGAAGCUUCGAGCCCCAAAGACAAGGCGCCAGAGAACAUCUGCUCCGGGUCGCCCUUGGAGGCUGACCUGCCUGUUUCUGGGCAUCAGCACGAAGAGGCCGAAGCAGAGACGGCCCACCUGGAUGAGAACUUCUCCCAGAACGGGUCGCUGCCCCAGACGCCGGAGCAGGAACGAUACCUCAAGCACCACUUCGAAACUCUGGCUGGGGACCCCCUGGAAGAGAAAUUUGAUGGUUGUCUCCGAGAUCUGCAGCCAUUUGAAGACAGGGAGGAUGAGGGGAGCCCGCUUCUGAAUCCUCGCCUGAGCAUCUCCGCCCAGUUUCUCUCGCGUGCUCAGAAGAACUGCAGAUUUGCGGCUGCAUUUUUCCCACGAGUCCGUCCGCUUACGCAGGCAGCCUCCGCCGAACACGUCACCGAGGAGAGCUUACCACUCAGCGAUUUCGCGAAAUUCAAGAAACCUCCGGCAGAAAUCCAGCUGGAGCUGAAAGGAAGCCCCGAUGCCAAAACAUCCUGCGUUUCAGAAAUUCAGGGUCUCGUCAAAAAUUUUGAGUUGAGCUUGCAGGCUCUACACCUCAAAUUUCAAGAGACUUUGCAACUGUAUGAUAAGGUGUCUUCUUGCACCGAUGGGACCCCGGAGGAGCUCACCCACGCCAAGCACAGGCUUUCUAGCACAUUCUGCUGGAUGAAGAGUGAACUGGCGAAGAGAGACAGCAGGGAUAACGCCGAUGUAGCCACUGCCACAGACCCCUCGUCCUUCUGGCCGAGCUGCCUCCAGGAGGGCGAGGCCCACGCGCUCCUGAAGCAUUACUCUGACUCGCUGCUGAACCUGGUUCAGAAGAAGCUGGAGGAGGCCCAGAAAACCAGCCUGCCUUGAAGGGCUCCAUUCCUGCCCUUCCACACAUUUGUCGUGCAUGGAAGUUCGUUUUGGUGUGACUCCUGAGGAGCUGGCCAUUCGACAAGAGCACCAAUUCACGUUUUGCCUUUAGCACUUUGUUCACAUCCAUAGGAAAAGUUCGACGGUUUGCCCAGACACGCUGACAGUUUGGCCAGGUUUUAACUCAUCCUUUUAUGAAAAAAAACAACAAUGUUUUUAUAAGACUUAAAGAAAGACAGAUAAUAUUCAGAAGGGCAUCCUGAAAGUCUCCUAUGGUGUUGUUUUAAACUCGGGUUGCAGCACAGCUUUGUAACAGUUUACUAUUUUUUAUUUUUAAGGUUUUAAAUAUAAUAAAAUAUUUUUGGAUUUGAAA